UGAGAGAGAGAGAGUGUGUGUGCAGGCGGUGCGGGAGGCUCUGAGGCUGCACAGCCAGCAGAGCAGCUCCCAGAUCAGCAUGAAGCAGGAUCAGUACGAGAAGGCGGUGUUGUCUCUGCAGCAGAGGACAGAUCAGCUGGAGACGAAGCUGAAGGCCGUCCGGCUGGUUCUUCAGGAGAAAGUCAGCGAGCUCAGAGAACAGCUGUCGAAGAGCUCCCAGCUGAGCGCCGUGCUGCAGGACCUGUACGUGGAGAACGCUCAGCUCAUGAAGGCGCUGCAGGUCACCGAGCAGCGGCAGAAACACGCAGAGAAGAAGAACUUCCAGCUGGAGGACAAAGUGAGCGCGCUCACCAAACUGCUGCGAGACAUCGUGCCGGCCGCGCUCGCCACGUGACCAUCGCACGGAAACGCUUACUUCAGAAAAUAUGAGUCACGAAGUCUUCAGGUGUGAUCGGUCACGUCUGAGAGAGAGAGAGAGAAGAGUCUGAAGAGUCAGCCCCCGUCCUGAAGUGUGUAAUAAUCACUAAUCUAACUCUGAGGGAAUUUCACUUCUUUCUCCGAAUUCAACUUCUUCCUCAUAAUUUCACUUUUUGGUCUGAAUUUGACUUUAGUGACGUUUCUCCUUCAGGUGAGACGUCUGUGUUCGGCCACGUCUGAAGUGUGUGUUAAAGAGAGAGAGAGAAGAGUCUGAAGUGUGUGUUAAAGAGAGAGAGAGAAGAGUCUGAA